GUUUAAUCAGAUGCUUUUGAAAUCAUUUGUUCUUGUCAACGUGGAAAAGAAUACUGAGCAGAAAUGGCAUCAUUUGUGUUGCUUUCUGUGGCAGCAGUAUUGGCUAUUUUUUCCUUACCAUGUCAUGGGGAGGAGGGCAAUUGUUCAGGGGUGCCAGGAAUCCCAGGGAUCCCAGGGGCUAAUGGGCUCCCUGGAAGAGAUGGACAGGAUGGCAUGAAAGGUGACCAAGGACCACCAGGCCCCAUGGGACCCCCCAGUGGCUUACCAGGUGCUCCUGGAAGAGAUGGGUUUCCAGGACCAAGAGGGCUGAAAGGUGAACCAGGAGAGAAAGGAGACCAAGGACUACCUGGGCCAGAAGGCCGUGCUGCUUUUCUCGAUCCAGAAGUGCAGGCAGAGCUCAGACGUCUGGAGCAAAGGAUCCUGGGGCUCGAAGGAGUUCUGGCUUUGAAGGGAAUACUAAAUAAGGUGGAACACAAAAUAUUGGCUACCAGUGGAAAGACAGUUGAUUUUGAAGCAGUUCUCCAAGCAUGUCAGCUUUCAGGGGGUUCCAUUGCAAAACCCAUGGAUGAAAAGGAAAAUGAGGCUAUUUUGAAAAUUGUGAAAGAGAAUAACCAAUAUACCUACUUGGGAAUUAAGGAGAGUUCAGUUCCAGGAGUGUUUGAGUAUUUAGAUGGAACUCCUGUGAAUUAUACCAACUGGCGUGGGUAUGAACCAAAUGGAAAAGGGGCAGAAAAUUGUGUGGAGAUGCAGACUGAUGGUGGUUGGAAUGACAAAGAAUGCAAUCAGUAUCGUCUGGUUAUCUGUGAAUUUUAAAGCCUUUUCUCCUUUGACACCUAAACCAAUGGAAUUGCUAUGGCUUCUGGGAACUGUAGUUCUCUGACUAUGCCCAAGACAUUUGGUUGUAAAGUCUUCAUCAGCCCUCAGUCUGCUACAAUUCCCAAUAUUCUGAAUGGCAGCAUGAGAGUCAAACCAGUAACAAAUGUGAGGAUCAGAUGUGGUGCUGAUGUGGUGGGUAGAAUCAAACAUUCCCAAUUUCUGAAUACAUAAAAGGAAUCAAAAUAUUGAUUUACAGAUUAUUAGGGUUUGAUUGUUCUCCUGAAAAUAAUUAAUGAAUUGGUUAACCAAUUCUGGAAUUAAUUAAUUAAUUCUAGAGUUAAUUAAUUAAUUCUAGAAAUAAUUAAUCUCAAGCUUGCCUAAGUCCGUCUAAACAGCAGAACAGUUUUGUACAAAUGCAAAUUCAGAUAUUCUGAAAAUAAUAUGAUCCUUUCUGAUUUCUCCAAGAAUAUUCUGGUGUCUUUCAAAAAUGAAUGUAAGUCUGGAUAUGAAUGUCAUAAUUCUACCUACCUACCUACCUACCUACUUAUCCAAUUUUAAAAAAAUUACCGAGACCAUUGAAGAAGUUAGCCAAGAGGAAAGAAUUCAGAGGAUAUUACUCUGAUCGAUUUUACAGUGGGUGACAUUAGAAAGAACAAGCUCUCUUAUCAUUUAAAACAAGCUGAAUAAUUGGCUACAAUAAAAAAAAAACAUUCCAAAGGCUUCUGGCCACUUCUGAUUUUCUCUAAGACUCCUCCCUCCCUCUAGCUGUUCAGCUUGCUUGCUCAGAGAGGUGGGUGCCUCAUCUGUUAUUUUUCCAUUAGUCAAUUAAUGAGUAGCCCUUUGGGAAGCAUAUGGAAUUAGCUUCCUCAUUUGCAAUUCUCUCUAUAUGGUGUGAGCAAAUAAAGAACUGGAGUUUGAA